GCGUGACCGACGGUUGUCAUAGCAACUAUAAACUAGUAGGCUAAAAGAGGUGCAGGAUUUUCCCAGUUUUGGGCGCUUCUGUUUAAACUAAAACUACAACACAGUUGAUCAGAAACUAACAGAAACAUGUCUGACGUAGGAUCUGAUGAGUUCGAGGAUGAACAAAAUAAACUCGGGGAGUAUGAAGGAGGCAGAAACGAAGCUGGAGAAAGGCACGGAUUCGGGAAAGCUAUUCUGCCCAACGGAGACAUUUAUCAGGGAGACUAUCAGAACGGGAGAAGACACGGACAGGGGACAUAUCGCUUCAAGAAUGGGGCGAGAUAUGUAGGGAACUACCAGCAGAACAUGAAACAUGGACAGGGAACCUUCUACUAUCCCGAUGGGUCCAAAUAUGAAGGGUCGUGGGUUGAGGAUAUGAGACAAGGUCAUGGUGUUUACACCUACCCCAACAAAGACACCUAUGAUGGAGAGUGGCUGCAAAAUUUGAGGCACGGACAGGGCAUUUAUCACUACCACGAAACCGGCUCUAAGUUCAAGGGCACUUGGGUGAACGGCAAGAUGGAGUCAGCUGGAGAGUACCUCCAUACUAACCACAGAUUCAUGGGCAACUUUAUCAACAACUAUCCGCUUGGGCCAGGGAAGUACGUGUUUGACAUCGGCUGUGAGCAGCAUGGAGAAUACCAGAAAGCAGAGCAGUCUUUCCAGGACAGAGCUGAGGGUGAGUGGGAUGGGCUGGCCUCUGCCACUGUUCUCAAGUGGAUUCCCAAAUGUGUCACAGGCCUAACAACAGGAAUUCCUGGGAAAGAGACUUCAGGUGAAAUUCAACAGUGAUGUGCAAGCCGUGAUUGUACAACUACAAAGUUGUAAAACUACUGUCUGAUAGCAGAACCCCGUACAGAACGAUCUUCUAGCAACCAUAGAGAUUUUGAAUUUGAAAACAUUGAAAAUGUUCAUUAAAAACUUUAAAAAAUGUUCAGUAAAAGGAUAACAUUUAAUAAGUAAUUGUUUGUAUAUUUGUUUUAGGGCUGCACAAUUAAUCAAAUUUUAAUUUCGAUAAUGAUUUUUGCAUGGGCAAGCAUGAUUGAUUGAUAUUUAAAUGUAUGCUUCACCAGUUAAAAUGCAAAGCAAAAGCAAAUCAGUUGCUUCCUAAAUCAGUGCCGGACCACCCGCUUGUGCAAAUCAUAGUUUUUCCCUGCAGCUUUAAAUUUCCUGGACUAAUGUAGACGACUAACAUUACCGGUAUGUUAAAGAAUUUAAAAAUCACCAAAAUUAUGAGCACAUUAUGAGCCUGUGCCUCCAGGAGGAUCACCUGGAACAGCCUCGUUGAUUUUAAUUUUGCAUUAAGUUUCGGUAUAUAUUUUUUUCUUGAUGCAAAUAAGGAAGACAAGUUUUAUUUUGAUGCAGAUACAGAUGUGAGCAUGUGAAAGCAGUGCUAUAAAAUUAAAUGAAUAAUUGGGACCAAUAAAAAUGAAGAUGGCUUAACAAACCAAAGGGUGACAUCAUAAAGCAUCAAGAACAUAGGACCUUAGAAUUGGAGGGGGUAAUUUCAUGUUUGUGACAUUUCCGUUGUGAUAAGCAGAUCAAAACUAAACUAAGGGGGCAGCGGUGGGGGAAGGUGUAUUGAUCCUUUAUGCUGUUUAGUAAAAAGUACUAAUACCUCACUGAAAAUACAUCACUGUUUGUAAAAGUCCUCAAAUUGAGAUUGUUUUAGCUUGAUUUAAACUGACACGAAGGUUUGGCCAUAAACCUCAAUGAACUGAAACAAUGCCGUAAAGAAGAGUGCUCUAGAAGUAUUUCACAAAGAUGCAAGAGACUAAUUAAGUUAUACAGAAAUCACUUCCAGUUAUUGCUGCUAAAAGGUGGUUUUACAAGCUGCUGAAUCAUGGGAUGUAUUUAAUUUUUCACACUGCUUCUGUAUUUUGGCGUACAUUUGUUUAAUAAACAUUUACACUGUGUAAUAUA